AACAUGACACUAGUCUUAACAGUUUAAAGCUUGUUUGAAGUUUGAAAGAUGCAAAGUGUUUGAUUAAUUUCCCACCGUCCACUUCCACAGCCACUUCCUUUCCGUUAUCCUUCAAUUUCAUCCACUAACAUCUUUUCUCUCCUUUGAUCUUUUGAGAUUCUCCAUCUCAACCACACUGCAAAUAUAAAUAAUAUUGAUUCCUUAAUACCCAUGAAAACAUGGGAAAAAAGAAGUACUAAGAGCUCAAGCUUCUCUCACCACUUCAGAUUGUUGUUACUAUAUAUAUUUGUCUUUUGAUCCAUUUUGGGGGAACCAAUGGACUCUGAAGAUGGUAGAAUAUCGCUUCGCGAGAGCCGGAGGUGUUUCAGUGUUGACUCAUGGGCCCUGCAAAAGGGGAGAUUGUCUUCUCUCUCAUGCUCAUUGCCACCUCCUCCCGUUUCACUUGCACAAAAGGUGGGGGCUGAGUUCAUAGGCACCUUCAUACUCAUCUUUGCAGGGACAUCCACAGCCAUUCUGGACCAAAAGACACAUGGCUCUGAAACCCGUCUCGGCCUUGCUGCCUCCAAUGGCCUCGCCGUCAUGAUUGUCAUACUUUCGACUGGCCACAUCUCCGGAGCCCAUCUCAAUCCUUCUGUCACCAUUGCCUUUGCUGCCCUCAAGCACUUCCCAUGGAAACAUGUGCCGGUGUAUGUUGGGGCACAAGUGAUGGCAUCACUUUGUGCAGCAUUUGCACUCAAGGGGAUCUUCAACCCAAUAAUGGGUGGUGGAGUCACUGUCCCCUCAGGAAGCUAUGUUCAAGCUUUUGCUCUGGAGUUCAUCAUUAGCUUCAACCUCAUGUUUGUUGUAACUGCAGUGGCCACAGAUACUAGAGCUGUGGGAGAGAUGGCAGCAAUGGCCGUGGGAGCUACUGUCACGCUCAACGUACUCAUAGCCGGGGAAACGACAGGAGCUUCAAUGAAUCCAGUGAGAACUCUGGGGCCAGCCAUAGCUGCAAACAACUUCAAAGCCAUAUGGGUGUACCUCACUGCUCCUACCAUGGGGGUGCUGUCCGGGGCUGGUGCUUACUCCGCCGUCAAGCUUCGUGAGGAAGAUGGCAAUGUCAAUGCAGAUGUCAAGCCUUCAACACCAGUCCAUUAAAUGAUUAAUAUACAUCAUUACCACACCUGUACUGAUCAUCAAUGUAGAUAAUUAAUCCAAAUCCAUAAAUAUAUACUAUUAUUUGCUGCAGCAUUAGUUUUCUUUUUUAGCUAGAUUAGUUUGCCACUUAUGGGCUUCUUAUCCUGUUUUUUCUUGUUGGGCUCUGGUUAAUGUCCUCUGUAUUUUUUAUUUUUUAUUUAUAUUUUUUUUAUAAAUUCAAUAAUUACAAAAAAAUUAAAAUAGAGGGAUUAUAUAAAAAAAUUUAAAAAUCAAUAUAUAGUUCAACAGUGGUUUACUGUAGUUAAUCCAUUUUAAAAUGUAUACUAAAUAUAUGGCUAUAUAUCAUGUUACUACUGCAAUUAUCAACAUUUUGAGGAUGUUAUAAAUAUGCCUACAACUUACAAGCAUAUCAAAUAAAUUGUUAAAUAUAUAAUUUUUUUCCCUUUCUAAUAUUACCAUGCAAUUUAAGAUU